AUGGGAACCAUCUCGCUCGCCAUGCCCUGGUCCCCCGGCGAGAGCGCCGUGCAGGCCCUCAUGCACCUGCCGCCGGACAUGGACAACCCCACCGCCUCCUUCAUGACGCCGCAAGCCGCCACCAUGCUCGCGCGCGCCCCCACCAUCGCCGUCGGCGCCCUCGACGCCCAAGCCCGCCCCUGGGCCACCGUCUGGGGCGGCGAGGCCGGCUUCGCCCAGCCGCUCGGGAACGGCGUCUUCGGCGUGCGCACCCCGGUCGAUCGGCGCUUCGAUCCGGUGGCCCUGGCCGUCGUGGACGGGAAGAGCGAGGGGGAGCUGGUCAAGGAGAAGGGCGUCGGGAGGAUGGUGGCCGGGUUGCCGAUCGAUCUGGUGACGCGGAAGAGGGUGAAGGUGUAUGGGAGGAUGGUGGCGGCGAGUUUGGGGAGGAGGGGUGGCGGUGGCGGUGGAGAAGACGGGAAAGAGGAGGAGGGGAGCGAAGUGAAAGAGGUUGGUUAUGAGGGCGACGACGACGAUGGUGCGGGUGAGAUGCAGUUGGUGGUGCGGGUGGAGCAGAGCCUCGGGAACUGCCCCAAAUAUCUCAACUCCAAGACCAUCACUCCCGCAACCCUUCACCCAGAACUCCUCUCCGACUCGCCCAACCUCACCCCCGAAGCCCGCGCCCUCAUCGCCAAAUGCGAUCUCUUCUUCAUCUCCAGUACCAACGGCACCCUCGACAUGGACGUCAACCACCGCGGCGGCCCCACCGGCUUCGUCCGCAUCCUCCCCUCUUCCUCGCCCGACUCCCCCACCACCCUCGUCUACCCAGAGUACUCGGGCAACCGCUUCUACCAGACCCUCGGCAACCUGCACACCACCCCGCGCGCCGGCCUCUGCUUCCCCGACUUCGCCACCGGCGACGUCCUCUACGUCACGGGCACGACGCACAUCCACGCCGGCAAAGACGCCGCCGCACUGCUCCCGCGCUCCAACCUCGCCGUCGCCAUAACCAUCACCGCCGCGCGACUAGUCCGACGCGGCCUGCCCUUCCGCGGGACGCCCGCCGCCGGCGUCGGCAACGCCGCCGCAGAGCCCGGCAACAACACCUCGCUCCUGGGCAAGUCGCCCUACAACCCGCCAGUACGACUACUCGCGGCCGAAGGAAACCUCCUGGCGCAAAGCGGGCAAGGGCCACAAGCGGAGCAAGAACUCACGGCGACGCUGGCGUCGACGCAAGCCAUCACGCCCAACGUCGCGCGCUUCACCUUCACCCUCAGCGCGCCGACGCCCGUCGCGCCCGGCCAGUGGGUCGCGCUCGACGCGAGCGGCGAGCUCGACACGGGCUACAGCCACAUGCGCGACGACGACCCCACGAGCCUGAACGACGACUUCGUCCGCACCUUCACCGUCACGUGGGCGUCCGGCUGGGACGACGACGCCGCAAACGACGGCGUCGCGCCCAUCAAGCCCUCCACCGCCUUCACCAUCACCAUCCGCCGCCACGGCCCCGUCACCGGCCUCCUCUUCACUUCUCUCUCCGCCACCCACAACCACACCCCCCUCGCCCCGCUCCCCAUCCGCGGCUUCGGCGGCGGCGAGUUCAGAGUCGAACCACCGGCGGCGAAUCACAACAACGACGACAACCUCACCCCCUUCGUCGCCGGCGGCGUCGGCAUCACCCCGCUCCUCGCCGAGCUCGCUGCCUCUUCCACCGCCCUCGACCCCACCCGCGUCGCCCUCUUCUGGACCCUGCGCCGCGCCGACGCCGCGCUCGCGCGCGACGUGCUGGUGCGGCAGCACCCUGGCUUGGCGCGGGGGGCGAGGGUGUUUUUUACUGGUGGUGGUGGUGGGGACGGUGGGGACGGGGACGAUGAUGUGGACGCCGUGGUGGCGGAGCUGAGGGACGAACGCGCGGGGCUGGUGGCGGUGGUGGAGGGGCGCCGGCUGGAGGAGGGGGAUCUGCGGGCGGUGGAGGCGGAGCGGUGGUAUCUGUGUGCGGGGACGGCGCUGCAUAAGGCGGUGGUGGGGUGGGUGGCGGUGGGGAGGGGGAAGGAGGUUGUGGCGGAGAGCUUUAAUUUUUGA